CAGUGGAAGAUGGCGGAGGCUGCGGCUGUUCCCCAACAUCGUUUCUUCUGUCACUGCUGUAAGGGGGAGGUGAACCCCAAGCUGCCGGUGAGUAGUCCCAGUUCCCACCGACUUUUGUGUGUGCGCCCUGACUCUCUCCCCUGGCUCUCCUCUGUCCCCCAGCUCUGGCACCUGCUGUUCGUCGAGCGGCCCUUCUCACUGGAGCAGGACAGCCAGGAGGGGCCUGAGCGGCCGGGCAGCACCGAUCCCUGGGGCCCCGGGAGGCCCCACCGCCUGCACAGCCAGCGCCGGUACCGGGCCCGGGGCAGCAGCCGGCCCGACCGCUCGCCCGCCGUGGAGGGAAUUGUGCAGCAGUUCCUGGCUGGUCUGUUCGCUAACUCCGGAGUCCCAGGGUCGCCGCCUCUCUCCUGUCUGGAGUGUCCAUCCAGUCUGGAGUGUCCAGUGUGUAAAGAGGACUACGCCUUGGGGGAGCCCGUCAGACAGCUGCCCUGUAAUCACUUCUUCCACAGCGACUGCAUCGUACCCUGGCUGGAACUGCACGACACGUGUCCAGUGUGCAGGAAGAGCCUGAACGGGGAGGACUCCACACGGCCCUCCCACCUCGACCCCCCCAGCCUGAACAGCGACUCGCGGCCGCAGGAGAGAUGGUCCUUCUGAGCACAGACCCCCGCCCAACCCUGCUGCUCCUCCUCCUCUCUUCCCCCCAGCCCCCAUCCCAGCCGCCUGCUGGCCCGGCCUGGGCUCGCCCCUCCCUCAGCAGCGCAGCUCUCAGAGACUGACCCCACCCAGGACCUCGGGGCGUCUCCGGCAUCCUGGUGUGGGACAGCAGGGCCGCGCUGGGCCGAAGGCACCCGGGUCCAGCAGAGCAAAUACGGCGCAGGAGGGCAGCAGCUCGGCUCAGGCGGCCUCUGCCCUGCCCCCCCCCCCCCCCCGCCCAUGUCUUAAUGAUCAGAUUCAGCUCGUUAAUGACACUACGGUGCCUCAACUGCACUCGUUUCUCCAGACCGGUCCGCAGACGCUGUGGUCAGGGGAGUGUUCAGCUUUCACCACAGUGCUAAUUUUGCACGCGAUUUACUCACCUGUGAAACCAGCAGGAACCCAGCGGCGCCUGAUCGGAGAGUCUCGUGAACGCAAAGGGCUUCUCGCGUCAGGAGGGGGCCCUCCUGUCCCCUCCUGUCACCAAACGGCAGUUCUUCGGGCUCCUGUUUCCACUGAGCUCUGGGUUCGUUGUUUAGACCCUCCCCUGAAGUCCCUGGUCUUGACGAAGCCCGUCUGUUUUUAGCUCUUUAAAAGCCGAGGUCGUAUAUAAAGUUCCUACAGGUCGUCGGACAUUUCUACUCCUCCGAGAGCCGGAAGAAAAGCUCUGAUCGAUUAACGAAGCCCGAGUAAGUGACCGAGAGCUGGGCGACCCCUCCCUCCGCCCGGACACAGGACAGGGACGUGACCCCUGCGCCCCAGACCCCACUGGUGUACAUAUCACAACAGCCCUCUCGCCAUUUCUCGGUUUACAUUUAAUUUUUUUCUCGUCUUUGUAAAUAAUUUUAGUCAGACUGCUGUCCAAGGGUAUAUAUAUAUAGACUAA